CCUUUGUACGGAUAAUAUGUAUCCGGUUGUGUUCUUCCUGAACUGGCCUAGAAGCGAGUAUGAGCGGCGUAGUGUUGGCCACAGCUGGGUAUGACCACACGAUCCGCUUCUGGGAAGCAGCCUCAGGCACAUGUACGCGGACGGUGAAGUACCCCGACUCGCAAGUCAACUGCUUGCAAAUCACGCCCGACAAAAAGUACAUCGUCGCGGCUGGCAAUCCCCACAUCCGUCUCUUUGAGAUCAACACCAACAACCCCAACCCAGUGCGGAGCUAUGACGGGCACUCUGGUAACGUCACAUCCAUUGGGUUUCAGAAGCACGGCAAGUGGAUGUUCAGUGGGUCCGAAGAUGGCUCGAUCAAGAUAUGGGACCUCCGCGCGCAAGGUUGCCAGCGCAACUAUGAAUGUUCGGCCCCCGUGAACUCUGUGACGCUGCAUCCAAACCAGGCGGAGCUGGUUUCCGCAGAUCAAAACGGAUGCAUUCGUGUGUGGGACUUGACGUCCAACACGUGCUCGACCAAGUUUAGUCCCGACGGCGAAAACGCCGUGCGCACGGUGGAUGUGGCCAAAGACGCGAGCACCCUCAUUGCCGCCAACAACCACGGCACUUGCUUUGCCUAUACCCCCAAAAGCUCGGACAACUACGAACUACGCACGUCGUGGCAAGCGCACAACGAAUACGUGCUAAAGGCGCGCGUGAGCCCAAACGCCCAGUACCUGGCCACGUGCUCGUCGGACAAAACGGUCAAGGUGUGGAACAUGGCUGACAUGUCACUGCUGCACACGCUGCAGGGCCACCAGCGCUGGGUGUGGGACUGUGCGUUCUCGGCCGUGUCGUCUUACCUCGUCACAGCUUCUUCCGACCAAACGGCACGCCUGUGGGACUUGAGCACGGGCGACACGAUCCGGCAAUACAACGGCCACCACAAGGCGGCCAUUUGCGUCGCGUUGGACGACAGCGUCCCAGAAGUCGUCGACCCGUCCAGUCGAUAAAUAGCCCCGAUGUGACAAGUGAAACAUGGAUCAUCUAAAGUGAUACUAGUAUAUAUUUGUAGUACCCUAUUCUCCACAUAUACAGUAGUAUUUACUUUUGCCGA